AUGUCACACGACCUCGAAUCCGCCGAUCGCUCGGAUGAUCGGCAACCUUCAUCACGCGAGCAGCCAGAUCGCCGCACGUCCUCCACCACCCAGGUCGACAACUCCUCGAGCAAUGAAAAACCAGGUGACCGCUGGUUAGUCAAUUGGGAUGGUGACGAUGAUCCAGAGAAUCCACUGAACACACCUCUCUGGAAGAAAUGGGCGAUGACCGCUGUGGUGGCCUUUUCCAGCGCGACGAUCACUUGCACCAGUUCCAUGGGAGCUGACACGUACGACGGGAUGAUGGCUCAAUACGGCAUCAGUCGAGAAGUCGCGACACUCAGUGUAUCACUUUUCGUCGCGGGCACGGGCGUGGGUCCAUUGAUCCUCGCCCCGAGUUCCGAAUUCAUUGGUCGAUCAAAAGUCUUGCACUAUUCCUUCGCGGCGUUCUUCCUGCUAAACUUCCCCGUGGCAUUUGCCAACAACGCCCCCGUCCACCUCAUUUUCCGUUUCUUCACCGGCUUCGCGGGCUCUGCCUUUCUCUCCGUAUCUGGGGGCCUCAUCAGCGACGUCUUCAAAAACGAAGAUGUCGGGACUCCCAUGAUGGUGUGGUCCGCCUCACCCUUCCUCGGUCCCGUCCUCGGUCCCCUACUCUCAGGUUUCAUCAAUCAAAACGUUGAUUGGCACUGGACAUACUACGUCGUCAUCAUCUGGGCCUUUGUCCUGCUGAUCGUCAAUCUGGCCGUUGUGCGUGAGACGUACGCACAGGAGCUGCUGCGUCAAAAGGCUAUACGGAUGCGCAAGACCACUGGCGAACAACGAUGGAAGGCACCGGUCGAAAAGUCGGGUCAAAGCGUCCUCGCAGCGCUGAAGAAGAGCAUCAAGACGCCUUUCUGGCUCCUCCUGACCCAGCCAAUGGUCCUCCUCCUCGACAUCUGGAGCGCCAUGAUGUUGGGCAUCCUCUACCUGUCCUUUGGCGGGAUCCCUUACAUAUUCGAACAUCAAUACGGAUUCAAUCUGCAACAAUCCGGGAUGGUCUUUUUGGGCAUCGGCACAGGUCAAGUCAUCGCCGUCCUGACCCAACCUUUGUUCAACAAAAAGUACCGAGCGUCACUCAAGGAACACGGCGGCGAGGCACCUCCAGAGGAACGACUCCGGCCUGGAUUCUUUGGCGCAGUCCUCUGUCCGAUGGGACUACUCCUGCUCGGCCUCUUAUCCUUCAAGCAGGUCCCAUGGAUCCUCCCGAUUAUUUUUUCGAGUCUCUUCGGCGCGGGCAUGGUCUUGUCGUUCACCUCGACGUUUACGUAUCUCGUCGAUGCCUAUCGGCCGGUAUCUGCGAGCGUCUUGGCUAGCAACAGCUUUAUGCGAUCGGCGUUUGCUGCGGGGUUCCCACUGUUCGGAGAGCAAAUGUACCGUCGUUUAGGAGCCGUCGGAGCGACGUGCCUCCUUGCGGGACUCAUGUUUCUGACGACCCCCCUCCCGUUCAUCUUUUUCCGCAUCGGCGCGAGGAUACGAGCGAAGUCGGAUGUCGCGGCGUAG